AUGUCUCAAAGAUUCUCCACCUCCUCCUCGAGAAGAUCCAGCAUCGCAGACCUGUCCAAUGCGGUCUCGAAGCCGCCUAUCCUGCGACCAACAACCAGGACCAAGAAACAACGCACGGACCCGCCGGUUCCCAGGACCCCUGUCUGCUCCGUGUACCCCCACAAGCCAAUCGAGGUUGACGACUCUCCCCCUCAGAUUGACAGCGCGUUCAGAGAAGCCACCGGCUCCCGUACUCCCGCCCCAGUGAAGGCAACGGGGAACAAGCGCCCAACAAUUCGCCCGCCCAGGAUCACCGUGCGGAAUGCUGGCAACACUCCCGUCGACACCCGCAAGCAAAGGAAGGUGUUGGAUACGCCCGAAGAACGACGAAGAGGCGAAGCGAUCAUUGGCUCCGCCACCCUCAGCGUCUCCGGCCUAGACCCGGAAGAGGAUGAGUUCACGAGCGAGACCCUGACGAGAGACGUGGAAUACCAGCCCGGAGAGGAAGAGGAGUACUACGGAGCAGAGAAGAACGGAGCUGUCAGCAUGUGCGUAAACCCGGACGAUAGCGCCUCCAUUUAUGGUCGCGUUGUCCAAUGCGAACGCGGAGACCUCUGCUGUGGAAGCCAAUUCUACCACCAGGAAUGCCCCAACAACCAGAGACUGCCCCACCCUCAGGAAGACGAAGAAGUCCUGAGUGACUACUUUGCCCAGUACAACUUCGUUUGCCCGCCCUGCCUAGAAGACCUCCCAGAGGAUGCGGAAACCGACGGCAAGAUCACUGCGACCAUGCACCCGAACGUUGGCAAGAAGCGGGGCCUGCGUCGGGCGCCCUACGACCAUGAGAACGGCAAGUGGAGGACCGACUUUGCGAUGAAGACCGGGGAGGGUGAUAUGGAGGAAGACCGACCCCCACAACACAUGCGAGACUGGGAAAAGGACUUGAUAAUGAAACAAGCCGUCUUUGUCGUCAUCACUAACCUGGAACCGCACUACGCCCAAUGUGCCAAGGCCCUUCGCAAGGAGCACGGCAUCCACAAGACUUGGGACGGCCUAGAGGACCCAAAAGCACUGCUCCGCCAAGCCGCCUUCCCCCGAAUUGACCAGCCCAACUACCUUAUCUACGCAGGUCCCAACCUUCGGGAACUCGAGAUCAUUGUAGCGAGCUUUGGCCCCAAACCCAAAGACAAGCCGGAGGACAAGGAGAUCACGUUCGACCACUUGAACGAAGAUAAACGAAGCAUGAUGUCCCGUUACACCGUAGGCCUCGACAACUUCGGUCCAAUCGCUCGCCUCAAGCAGCAGGAGGCUGCCCGCAGAGCCCACUGCAGCCUCGCCACCAGCGAACAUGCCACCCUUGACAACAUCCGGGACGCAAUUGUGGCUGACAUCCCUACCACCCCCGCGACCUCAUCCCCGCAAACACCUCGUCCUACGCUCCAAGCUAACGUCACGCCCUCAACAACACAGCUCCUCAAGUACCAACACGUCGUCCCUUUUCCCGAGUCCGCCGCCGAUCAAGUACUUCGCUGA